AUUAGGACAAACACUGAGAGAGAGAGGUAGUAGUCUUCAAUGGUAUGAAACUACACUCGCAACAAACAACAACAACACUAAACACAGCCAGCAAAGUGACUCUAGUCAUUGAUUGAUUUUACAGAUUUUCUGAGUAACCAAACAUGGUGAUGGAGGUCCUCCAAGAGGACAUGGGUGAAUCCACCAUGCAAUGCACAAACCACCCAUUCAAAUCCACCACCACCAACCCAGGUGGUAUCUGCGCUUUCUGCCUCCAAGAAAAGCUCGGAAAACUCGUCUCCUCCUCUUUCCCCAUCCCCUUCUUCCCCUCCUCUUCCUCUUCCCCAUCUCCUUCUUUCAGAUCCGACUAUGUCACCACCACCACCAUCACUUCCUCACGCACUCUAUCUGUUCGACAAAAUGCCUCAACCAACCCAAACACCAAUACCAACAACAAUGGUUGUCACUAUCAUCACUACCAAUCCAAGCGGACCCGAAUCCCCUUUUUCCUCACCCAAAAAAAGAAAAAAGCCGACCUCGCCGCCGCCGGUUCUGACCCAGGUGGUGUUUUGUUCAAGCGAAGCAAAUCCACCACCACCCCACGGCAGAGGGGCCAUUUCAUGGACGACCCAGACGAGAAUAGUCCCCGGAAGAGAGGGUUCUGGUCGUUUUUUUACCUCUCGAAGCAAUCUAGUGUUCGGAGAAGUGAUUCCUCGUCGGUGGGUUCGUUGUCACAGAGAUCGAAGAAGAGGGAGGAGUUUGCGGCGGCGACGGUGGUGGUGGAUGAGAGUGAGAGUCCGAAUCCGGCGGCGUUUGGCCGGAGAGUUUCCAGAUCUAGAUCCGUCGGGUGCGGAAGCAAGAGCUUUUCCGGGGACUUUUUCGAGCGAAUCUCUACUGGGUUCGGAGACUGCACUCUCCGGCGAGUCGAGUCUCAGAGAGAAGGCCACCGCCGCGGCGGCGAAGGACGGGAAUGCAUCAAGGAGAGAGUCAAGUGUGGUGGGAUUUUUAGUGGGUUCAUGAUCACUUCCUCAUCCUCUUCAUCUUCUUACUGGGUUUCAUCUUCAACUGAAGAAAAUGGGAAGUCGACGGCGGCGGCGGCGACACCGGCGGCGGCGGUGGCUCAUGGAAGAAGUAAGAGUUGGGGUUGGGCAUUUGCAAGUCCAAUUAGAGCUUUCAAGCCUUCUUCGUUUUCAGGGAAGAGAGAGAUUUCCAACAAAACCACCACUCCAAACCUCAAUGCCAUUCCUUCAUUGUUGACUGUGAGAGGUUAAUUAGCUCCAUUCUAGUCUCUCUCUCUCUCUCUUUGUUUUUUGUAUGUUUGAACUAGUUUUUGGGUACAAUUUUUAAGGGUGUUGUUUGUCAAGUUCAAAUUAAUGUGAAUUGUUUUGGUUCUUUGAAGUUCAAUGUUGAUGCAAAAAAGACACUUGAGAUGGGUCCAAAUGAGACUUCAAAGAAAGAUACAUGAAUCUAAAUUGUGUGCCCACCAAGAAUAGCCAUCUUGAAUCUUUGUUCUAAGUUGUAACAUACAGAUCUUUUGAGGUGGUCCAGUUCUGUCUAAAGUCAUGUUUGUCCAAGGAAAAAAAAAGAAAAGAAAAGAACAUUCAGUCCUUGAUUGUAAUUUGCUUAUAGAAAUUGUGGGCUGUCCUGAAUUUAUAAUUUUUUUGUGCAGUCUAUUUAUAAUUUGUGAAUUUGUAA